AUGGGGGAACUGUUCAGAAGCGAGGAGAUGACACUGGCCCAGCUCUUCCUCCAGUCAGAGGCAGCCUACUGCUGCGUCAGCGAGCUGGGAGAACUGGGAAUGGUCCAGUUUAGAGAUUUGAAUCCAGAUGUAAAUGUGUUCCAACGCAAAUUUGUAAACGAAGUGAGGAGAUGUGAGGAGAUGGACAGGAAACUGAGGUUUGUUGAGAAGGAGAUCAAAAAAGCAAACAUCCCAACAGUGGACACUGGAGAGAAUCCAGAAGUACCUUUUCCCAGGGACAUGAUUGAUCUAGAGGCCACAUUUGAGAAACUGGAGAACGAACUGAAGGAGAUUAACACCAACCAGGAAGCCCUGAAGAAGAACUUCCUGGAGCUGACAGAGCUCAAACAUAUCCUUCAUCGAACGCAGCAGUUUUUUGAUGAGAUGGAGGAUCCCAACCUGCUGGAGGAGUCAUCAGCUCUCAUGGAGGGCAGUGAGGGGGGCCGCGGGGCCCCACUCAGACUAGGGUUCGUGGCUGGAGUGAUCAGCAGGGAGAGGAUUCCCACCUUUGAGAGGAUGCUGUGGAGGGUGUGUCGUGGUAAUGUCUUCUUAAGGAAGGCAGAGAUCGAGGACCCUCUGGAGGACCCCACCACGGGAGACCAAGUCCAUAAGUCAGUGUUCAUCAUCUUCUUCCAGGGUGACCAACUGAAGAACAGGGUGAAGAAGAUCUGUGAGGGGUUCCGUGCCUCUCUCUACCCUUGCCCAGAGACUCCACAGGAGAGGAAGGAGAUGCUGGCUGGUGUCAACAGCCGCAUUGAUGACCUCCAGAUGGUGUUGAAUCAAACAGAGGACCACCGUCAGCGAGUGCUACAGGCUGCCUCUAAAACCAUGCGGGUGUGGUUCAUCAAAGUGAGGAAGAUGAAGGCCAUCUAUCAUACACUCAACCUCUGCAACAUCGACGUCACCCAGAAGUGUCUCAUUGCUGAAGUGUGGUGUCCUGUCUCAGACCUGGACUCUAUUCAGUUCGCUCUGCGUAGAGGAACCGAGAGGAGUGGCUCAACGGUGCCCUCCAUCCUAAACAGGAUGCAAACCAAGCAGACUCCUCCUACCUUCAACAAGACCAACAAGUUCACAUCAGGCUUCCAGAACAUUGUUGAUGCCUACGGCAUUGGCAACUACCGUGAAAUCAAUCCAGCUCCAUACACUAUCAUCACCUUUCCCUUCCUGUUUGCGGUGAUGUUUGGUGACAUGGGUCAUGGUGUGUUGAUGACCGCUGCUGCUCUUUACUUGGUCAUCCGAGAGAGUCGCCUCGUUGCCCAGAAGAGUGACAAUGAGAUGUUCAACAUGGUUUUCGCUGGUCGCUACAUCAUCCUUCUGAUGGGGAUCUUCUCCAUCUACACCGGCAUCAUUUACAAUGACUGCUUCUCCAAGUCACUCAACAUGUUUGGCUCUGGUUGGAGUGUCAGACCCAUGUUUGGUCCUAAAGGAGCAAACUGGUCGCCUGAGACACUUAAUGAAAAUGCAGUUCUACAGUUAGAUCCUGCUGUUCCUGGUGUGUUCAAUGGGCCUUAUCCGCUUGGAAUUGACCCGAUCUGGAAUAUUGCCACCAACAAGCUGACUUUCCUCAACUCGUUCAAGAUGAAGAUGUCAGUGAUCCUGGGUGUCAUCCACAUGCUGUUUGGAGUGUCUCUCAGUCUCUUUAACCACCUAUACUUCAAGAAGCCUCUGAACAUCUUCCUGGGCUUCAUCCCUGAGAUUGUCUUCAUGGCCAGCCUGUUUGGCUACCUUGUCCUGCUCGUCUUCUACAAGUGGACGGCCUAUGACGCCUUCACCUCCAAGGACGCUCCCAGCCUGCUCAUCCACUUCAUCAACAUGUGUCUCUUCAACUACAACGAUCCCACCAACAAACCCCUCUACGCGGGACAGAUGGGGAUCCAGGUUUUGUUGGUGCUGAUUGCCCUUGCAUGUGUUCCCUGUAUGCUGAUUGUGAAAACUAUGGUGCUUCGGCGUCAGCACCUGUGGAAAAAGCACCUGUCCCAGAAGAGGGAAGAAACUCCUGCUGAGAAUCUAGAGCAGUCUUUAGAGCAAACAGGCGUGUCCUCAUCAUGCACCGGACUCACCCAACAGGGCACGCAGAAGUUUGGAGGAGUGCGGGUGGGCAACGGGCCCACGGAGGACGAGGCUGGCAUCAUGGACCACGACCAGCUCUCCCAGCACUCAGAGGAGGGAGAUGAGCACUCAGAGGAAGAGCCGUUUGAUUUUGGUGACGUAGCUGUCCACCAGGCUAUCCACACCAUAGAGUACUGUCUGGGGUGCAUCUCCAACACAGCCUCCUACCUCCGCCUCUGGGCCCUCAGCCUGGCUCAUGCUCAGCUGUCAGAGGUGCUCUGGUCCAUGGUGAUGCACCUAGGUCUGUCCUCCAGGAGCGGGGGUGGGUUCUUUGGCCUGUCAAUCAUCUUCUCCGCCUUUGCCACUCUCACUGUGGCUAUUCUCCUCGUCAUGGAGGGGCUGUCAGCCUUCCUGCACGCCCUGCGUCUGCACUGGGUGGAGUUCCAGAACAAGUUCUACUCGGGCCAGGGCUUCAAGUUUGUCCCCUUUUCGUUCGAGAGCAUCCUGGAGGGGCGAUUUGACGAGUGA